UUUGUUUGUAAUCGUUUAUUAAGACAUCGUUAUUGAAGUACAGAUGACCCAAAAGAACCAUGGUAAGUAAGUGUGGCAAAACAAGUUGGCGGAAGUGAUGUCGGUACGCGCAUGCGUGGACCGAUCGGGUGACAAAGCAAGAUGGCGUCUGACGGAGAAAGCCUAAUCGCGGGCAUUAUAUUUCUGUAUUCUUACAUAUAUUUUGUUUAAUAGAGUACACACGGUUAAUAAUUGUUUGUAGCCGGAUACAUUAGUCUGAGCGCACUUUGACACUCCUCCUGUUUGAUAGCUUCACUUAAGAUAGCUUGCAGCUAGUUUAACUGGCUAGUUAGCUUAGCUUGUUAGCUGCUAACAAAGAGACGCGGAAGUUAUUUAAACAUCGCUAAGUAGGGAACUAAUGUGAGUGUAAAGUGUUGUGUUUGUGUGAAAAUGUGCAAAAGAACGAUAGCAAAGUGUGAGGAGGAACUUUGGCCAACAAAAGAGGAGAAGGAGCAACAACAUCAACUACUGGAAAUUUAUUAUAAGAAACAUCAUCAAGUUGUGUUUCACAGAACAGACGUCUGUGAAGAAGAACUUCUGCCUGAAAAACUGGAGUGUAGCUUCAGGAUAGUGAAGGAGGAUCCAUCAAAGAAGAAGACCAGGCGCCACAGACCCUCUGGCGUCUCCUUUUCCUUUUUGACACAGACCCUUCCCUGUAAAAAGGAAGAGGAAGACUCAUUGACCCCCCACAUUAAAAAGGAAGAGGAUGAACACCGCAUCAGUAAGCCUAAAUGGUUGGUGGAGUUCCCAGUGACUGGUGUCCCUGUGAAGAGUGAAGAUGAUGAGGUCAAAGGUGAAGGUGAGGAGAGGGGAGGGGGGGAGCCUCCAAGCAGCAGCUCAACACAACACAUGACAACAGAAGCUGUUGGAGACCACUGUGGAGGAUCACAAGCAGACAAGCUCUUAGCUCCACUAUCAGAUAGUGAGGACACAACGUCACACUCUCCUGACACUGAUGAUGAAGACUCUAAAGAUGAUAAGACAUGUCACACUGACAACACUCACUUCAAAUGUUCUCACUGUGACAAAACCUUUAAAUACCAUUGUCAUCUGAAAGUACACAUGAGAACACACACUGGUGAAAAACCUUUCUCUUGUUCAAUCUGUGGUAAAGGUUUUGCACAAAGUUCAUGUUUGGUAAAACAAAAAACAAUACACACUGGAGAACAAUAUUGUAUCUGUUCAAUCUGUGGUAAAGGUUUUGUAGAAAGUGGCAAUUUGAAAGUACACAUGAAAAGACACACUGGUGAAAAACCUUUUUCUUGUUCAAUCUGUGGUAAAGGUUUUGUAGAAAGUAGCUCUUUGAAAAGACACAUGAGAACACACACUGGUGAAAAACCUUUUUCUUGUUUAAUCUGUGGCUUAUCUCUUACAAGGAAGGAAUAUUUGAAAGUACACAUGAGAACGCACACUGGUGAAAAACAUUUUUCCUGUUCAGUCUGUGGUAAGAGUUUUACAAAUACUGUCAAUAUGAAAACACACGAGAACACACACUGGCGAAAAAUCACAUUUCUGUUCAAUCUGCAACAGAAGCUUUUGUGACCGAUCAAACCUUGUAGCACACAUGAGAAGACACCCAGGAGAGAAAGUGUUGAGUUGCAGUGUGUGUGGUGAAAGAUUCUCUUAUAAGUACCAGUGUAAGAAACACAAGUGUGCUGGUGAGAACAGCAGCAGCAAAUGAAACUGCAGGAUUUGAAAUAAACUGUCAAAACUUUAAUUGUGACUUUCUAACAACAUCAGCACAUAUAACAUGUGUGACAUUGAUGUUUGUGUAACAAUCUUUUAAUAUGCUUCUACAUUUAUAGAUUAGAUAUUUUAUAUUAGUGCUUUUUUCAGUCAAAUACAUGCAUUAAUAUGCAACAUUGUGUGCUUUUAUUAAAAAUUUAACAAAACAAUUUGACUGAAAAGGUAAGUGUAAACAGUACAAGACAUAUUUUACAUAAAAUAAACAUUUUAUUUUUAUAUAUAUGCAUAAUACAAUGUUAGACUUAUUUAUAAUAGUGUUUUUUAUAGGCGUUUGAAAUAUUGAAGUAUUACAUAUUUUUAUUUUUAAUUGUUAAUGAUCCCAUAGGUUAUCACCUUUAUAUGAUAUACAUAUGUACUGGUUCACAUCCAAAACAUCUUCUGGACCACUUCAGGAAGCAUGUUAUUAUUUACUUAAUACAUCAUUUGAACAGUUGUCUUUUUUGCAAUUCUAAAAUGUGUGACUUUAUGAAUCAUUUGUUGGGUCUCUAUAAUCUAUUUUAUUAAUUAUCUUUAUUACUCUCUUUUGUAUUAUGAUGAUUGUGUUGUGAUUGUUUUAUAUGUAUGUCCCCAGACAUUUAUGCAAUGUGAAAGUGAAAGAAAAUGGCUGAUUUGUUUUUAGAGAGUUAUAUUUGUGGAUUUUAAAAAAAAUCCCAUUGUUGUGUUUUAAACACUUGUUUGUUUGUUUUUUUCUUUUUUUAACAUCCCAAAAACAAUAUCAAUAUCAAUCAAAGUUCAGAGUGUCAGGCAAAAGCCAAUAAUGAACAUUUACUUUGCAUAAAUUCAUAAAAUAAACUGUUUAUUUUGUUUCCCUAUCACAGACUGAACAGGUCUUGUCUUCAAUUGCAAAAGUACAUCCUAAAAAAUAUUUUAAGUGGUCGAUUCGUUUUUUUUUUGUUUUUUUUUAACGAACUCCUUUGCUUUUGGAAGAAUGGAACCUUUCAAGUUAUGAGUAGUUUUUUGUGUUCCACAGAAAAUACAGUAAAGAAGAAAUAAUAAAGAAGAAAUAGUAAAGAAGUAAAAAAAGAUGAUAUUCUGUAAUUAGAAUAAUUUGAACGAAAGCCUUUCCAAAGAGGUACACAGCUGUAUGUGCGGCGGCAGGUGCUUGAGCCGUAACAAUCUUUCUACAAUCCUGUCAGCAAUGAAAGGCAGUUUUGUUUCCUUCAGGCCGAGUGUAUGCCUUCCAUGAAUGUUUACUGUGCUCCCCGUAAGCUGUGGCUUGCUAUUGAAAAGAAGUCAAUAGUGCAUAUUGUACCUGUUUUGCUGGCUGUGUAAUUAUAUAGGAUCAUAGAAAACCCAAUCUCAAUUUAAAAAAAAUUAUAUUAAAUGUUUAACUUGUUUAGUGCUUAAGUUUUAACCCAAAACGCAAUGCAUGUAAUAUUCAUUCUGUUUGUGUAAAAGUUCAACAUUUAGAAUGAUUUUGAAGUUUUUAAGACUUUUGCCAUCUCCAGGUAUUGCAUACAUUACAAUGAUUUGUGUGACUCUAGAAAAAUAAAAUAAAAUUGAUGAUGAUCAUGUUCCACAGA